AUGCUUGCUCCUCGUGGCACCGCCCUGCCCAAGUUAGAGAGAUGCCUCGCAGAACUCCUCCGCACUUGCGUGCACCCGCCCUCGCUGAUCCUCCGAGUCGAACACGUAUUUGGGCAAGCGCAUGCGGGUAGCCGUAGAAACGCAGUCGACGACCGUGACGACGAACGAGACGAAACCCCCGUCACCGGCGAUGACCACGGCAACGACUCUGCUGCCCGAGAACCCGACACAUGGUCCUUUCGCUUCGCAGCCUCGGAUAGCCAUCUCCAGAUUCAGGCCGUCUUAGCACCCACCCUCCUCAGAGUGAAGGAGCUGCGGGACCUACGACGGGGGGACGUCAUUGAAGUGCGCAGGUUCCAAGUGAGGAGCGCACCUCGACUGAGUGGGAAAGGUCGAGUGAUAUAUCUGGGGAUCCGAGACUGCGCAUGGGUCGGCCGGGACAGAGAGACUGUUGGAACAUCUGAGGGAGACGACCGACUUGAACUUGAAGGUGGAUUCCUCAGGGAAGAGGACGACGAAAUGUUCCACAAAAAGCCACAUCCCCGAAAGGAAGACCUGACCGCUGGUUCAGAGCGAAGCGCAUCUAAGAGAGACAUUCGCGACCGCGAUGACCGAGCACCUAGCUCUCGCAGCGCGCAGAGGAAACUAAAGCCGUCCAAGACGACACAGAAGGUAUCUCGGAACAUGUCAGAGGAUGAUUCGGAUGAUGAGCACGGGUUCGAUACUAUCUUCGUGUCUCAGUCGCGGCUUGAACAGCGCAGGGAAGCACUUCGCCAGAUCCAGCAACCGCCGUCCAUGGAGGAGGCCACUGUGAGUCGACCACGGCCACAUGGGGAUGGCAAUCAAGAAGAGUCACAAGAUAACGAGGAUGACCACGAGAGACAAGCUGUCCGCGAAGCUGAUGCAUUUAGCACUCACAACCUCCUUAGCGGUCCCCAUCACCAGCCCACCACUUUCUCCGCUCCGCCCGUACCACCAGACGAUGACCCGAGGACCCGACCUACCAAUCUCGCGUCGAUAUCUCCAAUCGACAGCCUCGCUUCACUCCUUGCCCUGCCGCAUCAGAAAAGCUACUCGUGCACCGUCCUCGCUCUGAUAUCCUGGGUAUCCCCUUCGCUGAUCCACCGGCCCAACACGCCAUUUCCGCCCAAGCGACACAUCAAAAUCCACGAUCCGUCCAUCACGCACCGCACGUCCGGCGUCACCGUGUCUGUGUUUGUGGACGCGCAAAAGUUUCUGCCCGCCGUGGGCACGGUCGCCCUGUUCCGCGGCCUGGUCAUGCACCAGUUGCGAAGGAGUUCCGCGGACGGCGAAGCGGACGUGAUUCUGAACAAAUACCCUCCGAAGACUGGGAGCCAGAGAGCCGAGCACGAGGGUUCUUUGGAGAGUGCCGCUGGCGGUAUUCGCGAUCAACACCUCGAAGGCGAUGGCGACGAGCAGGAAGAGUGGUUCAUUAGUGACGAGGCCAGACUCGUCGCCAUGGGCUUUGACGUGCAGCGGAUCAAGGCGUGGUGGGAGCAGAGGCUUGUCGCCAGGAAGGGCAAAUGA